CGGGGCGAUUGCAAAUUCGACUGUAACGGUACGCCACCUGCAGGUACCCAAGGUAACCACUUGGUGCUGUGGUACAGCGGGAAAUGAAGCUGCGUUAGUGCAAUCUGUGCGGUUCCCGGAGAAUAUACUGAGUGAUGCGCCUAAAGUAGUACCCGGGCCGAGUGAGAUGACGCGCGUAUUGAGUAAAAUCGAGUUUACGAGAGUUUAUUGAUGUGGAUCAAUGGAUUAUGAUGCAGCUGCUAACUAUGCUAUUAUGAACCAAUUAUGUAAAGUCUGCGGUGAGCCCGCUGCAGGAUUUCAUUUUGGAGCAUUUACAUGCGAAGGAUGUAAGUCGUUUUUCGGAAGAACCUACAACAACACUGGCUCAAUAAGCGAAUGCAAGAAUAAUGGAAACUGCGUCAUCAACAAGAAGAACCGGACCGCCUGCAAAGCAUGCCGCCUGCACAAGUGUGUGCAGGUGGGCAUGUCCAAAAGCGGUUCCAGAUAUGGAAGACGCUCCAACUGGUUCAAGAUCCACUGUUUAUUGCAGCAACAGCAGCAGCAUCAGCAACAGCAUCAGCAACAGCAGCUGCAACAGCCGUCCCAUCAUUCACCUUUUUUGCCCAGACAGCUGGAUGUUACUGCCAAUUUGGCGGCGGCUGCUGGGCUUUUGCGUCCCAAUCCGUAUCUUAGUCCGUUGUUUCGAAAUCCUGGUUCCGUCAACAUCCCCGGGCACCAUCAAGUGCUGCGAGAUACUGCCUCAAACUGCGAGUCAGAUUCGGGAGCCAGUUCAGCUGACCUGGAGGAUGAAGUUAGAUCUGGAAGUGCGCUGAGUUAUCGCCGACCCACUGGGUCGCCCCUCAGCGACCGUUUGAGUAGUGAUACUGAUUGCUUCUCGAGAAGCCACAGGACUUUGAAUCAUAACAACAACAAUAACAACCAUUUGAAGGCAUUGCCUUUGGGCUCUCCAAUUCGACCUCAGCUGCCUCAUGCUCCUAGCAUAUCGCCGGCUUCUCUGCCAGCGAUUUCUCCCAAUGCGCCAGUGCCUCCUUCGCCUAAUAGUUUAGCGGUAGUUCCUAACCAGCGAUGGUUUCCGCCUCCUGUAAUCAGCGAGCAUGCCAUAUUUAGGGAAUUGUGGUUGCGUGGACAACCCACUAUUUCGGAACAAUCAGCUGCUAACCAGGAGCAACCAAUCGAUUUGAGUGUCAAGCAGUGUAAGAAAAUUGAGGUCACUGUGAACGAUAAAGCUGGAAAGCUGGAAGGUGAUGGGGAGAAGGUGGAAGGAGAGUCCAAAGUGGGAGUGCCUUUAGACCUAACCUUAGCUGAGCGCUAGCUUGAGCACCAAUGAGGUAUUUAUGAACUUUCAACAGCACGGCACAUUUCACAUGAGUUGGUUAGGGUUUUUCUGCAUAUUGCAGUUGAUGUGACUUUCCAGCUAAGACUCUAGCGGCUAGGGUCCAAUGGAUCCCCUAGGAAUUGUACUUAUAAUGAUGUAACGAGUGUGAUUUUAAUACGUCCAGGCAGUCUUGCACUGUUGCAUGAGAGCAACAGUGGGGCUGCACAUUUACAUUUUGUACAUAUCAUGUAAAAUGACUAUUUAUUUUUUAUACAGUGUAUUACAAGUACUUAAUUGCCAGUAUCCGUCCAGUAUUGAUGAUGUUUACUAUCCGAGCUAGUACAGGGUGGUCCAAAUUGGUUGUUUUUGACCGUGUGAUGAUUUUUGCACCCAGUGCUUUUCAAAAAUGAGUUAGAGUGUAAAAACAUAUACAAAAAUAUUCAAAUUAAAUCGAAACUAUUGAUAACUUUCUUAUUGGUAACCAUAUCUUGAAUGUUUUCUGGCGCCCUGAUCUGGAGGAAACGGCAAAGCGUUUUGACAGUGGAAGUUCAGCUCUCCUCAAGCAUCCUCAAUGUAUUUUUGGAAUUUGUCCCGUUUUUUCUACUACUAACAGCUUUUUCUGUUCAAUUAAAAUUAUUUAGAAAAUUUUUUGUUUAAAAAGUUGAGUUGAUUUUUUAGAUUAAUUUACCGAGUGCCUGGAAUGAAAACAUCGAGAAUUAGCAUGAAUAUUAAUUUUUUUUGUUAUUACGGAUUUAUUGAUAUUCUAAACAAAGAAAAUAUUUUUUUUGUUAGUUUGCCUUUAUUUGGGAAACGUAUUCUGCUCCUAAAGUCUGAUGUCGGUCAUGUUGCAAUUUUUUAUUCAAAUUUAUAUUUCUCAAACUUUAGUUUGCUGGCUAAAAAAGUUUUGCUAUUCACACAAUUUUAACUUUGUAAAAUACAAUUAUAAUCUAAUGUAUGUACAUGUAAUAAUUUUCUGAUCUGUUCGAUUUGCAAUCAUAUUGCGAUAAAAAGCCUAGAAAAUUGCGACAAAAUCAAUUAAAAUACAUAGAUGAUUCGAAAAGUAGAAAGAAUAAAUAAGCUUUUUCUAAGGAAAAGUAGAAGGAAUUACAACAGCAAACUGUUGCAAGAAAAUUACAAUCUUAAAAAAAAGGUCUAAUUAAAUGUAAUUUAAAUGCAAACACAUGCAUUUUAAUAAUUCAAUGUAGUGACCAAAAUGUCAUAAUUUUCAAGUGAUUUGUUCAAGCAAAAAACAAUUUUUCAGAAUUUCAGAUUUCCGGUCACUCCUUUAGGCGCACUCUGUAUGUUUCGAAGUCCAAAGGUUGCAAAUAGUGUCGACUGAAUUCAAACAGUUUAGAAUUCAAAAGACGUACAAGAAACUCCAGAUUAUGAACAUUAGCAAUUUUAAUUAGACUGUAAGACCGAGUGGUACCUUGCUCGAAAAAUAUCGCAAAAAUGAAUGGUUUUUCUUAAUAUUUCGAAACAAAAUUCUCUCUUGUUUAACUUUUAGGAAACACUCCAUUCGGUCACAUAAUGACCAAUUUGGCCUGUACUAUUUACAAUUAGUGCCCUUUUGUAUGUGAAUUUAGGUGUUUUCCCAGGUGAAUCGCCUAUUCGAACUAUGGCCAGAAUUUAGAAGAAGACAACCUUCUGUAUAUAGCUGAUGUUAAUCUAUAUAUUUACACAUAGACUUACUGAAUUUUACAUCGUUUUCAUUGUGAUCGUUUAGGAAUUGAACAGUUGACACUGUUUUGGAGUUAAUCAAGAAGCACUUAGUUAAUCUCGCGCAUUAUUGAUGUACUUGCAUAAAACGCUUCUUGACUUACAAAAAACAUUCUCAGCUUUUUAUGUUAAAUUAUCUCCUCUUCAUAGGCGUUCAAGUUUGCAAAGUUCCGUUAAAGUGAUCGACGCCUAUGGAUUGGCCAGUACCGCCUCUUAGACAAACUUCUUGUGAGUAGAACUCAAACCAUACUUUUAGUAUUAUUUUGGCCAGUAAUAAUGAGCCCGACAUUGUUUUAUACAUAUUUUUAUAUAAAAUAUUGAUGCUUUUUUAUCGAAUAAAUGUUUUGUUUUA